CCAGCCAAUUAAAUAUACCGCAGUGUAACCUUUGUGUGCGCUUAGUGUUUGUGGGUGCGUUGUGGUUUUGCACGCGCGCGCACACACACACACACCAAGUUAUGGUUAAGGCAAAAAGCAGGAGCAGAACCCAGGUGGGAUUUGCCUGUAAGAGGAUUAUCCAAGUCGUUAACUAGUCUCCUCCGAAGAAAAAACGACGCACAGCGGCGUCAUACGGCGGAUUUAAUGGGUCGUCGUUAGAGUGGGGUCAGUGAAUUAGACCACGUUUAGAUGAUGUAGAAGUAAUGAAGUAUCCCAGGAUGCUCUUUGGUUGUUUUUACAUACUGGGACUGCACGGGGAUCUCCCACGAACAGUGUUUUUAUCCCGGAGAGCAGUUUCCUGAGAUUUGUUGACGGACUGACUCUGACAUGAAGACGCGACCUGCAGGACUCGGAACCAUCAACGCUGACUGGAUGGGUUCGCUCCCCUCCAAACUCAGUGCUCUACCCUUGAAACAGCUCGCGGUGCCAGGAUCCCAUGAUUCCUUCACCUUCUGGGUGGAUGUCCGUGCUCCAGUGGGUCCAGAUCAAAAAGUCUAUGUCAAAUACCUGGCCACUAUGUUCAGCAUGGUGGCCAAGAAAGUCAUGGUGAAGUGGUCAAUGACUCAGAAUCUGACAUUUAAGGAGCAGCUGGAUGCAGGAAUUCGCUACUUUGACCUGCGUGUUUCCUCAAAACCAGGGGAACCAGGGACUGAGAUUUACUUCAUUCAUGGACUCUUUGGACAUAAGGUGAGAGAUGGUCUAAAAGAAAUCAACUCCUUCCUGGAAGGACACAGGAAAGAGGUCGUGUUUCUGGACUUCAACCAUUACUACUCCAUGGGCACAGAGCAUCACGUGUACCUCAUCAGAAUGCUCCAGGACGUGUUUGGCAACAAGCUCUGUAAAAACUGCAUGGUGGAGAGCAUUACUCUGGAUUACAUGUGGGAGAAGAAAAACCAGGUUAUUGUGUUCUACCAUCAUCCCUCAGGUUGUGGCAACCCAGCUCUGUGGCCUGGCCACAAGAUCCCUGCUCCGUGGGCAAACACCACUGAACCCAACAAGCUCAUACAGUUCUUGCAAUCUACACUUAAGAAACGAGAGAAGCAGGGUUCCUUUCAUGUGUCCCAGGCCAUUUUGACACCCAGGGUCAACACUGUGGCCAAAGGCCUGCUCUGGGGUCUACGUAACUACCUGGUGGAGAGGUCAGUGGCAGCAGAUCUUUGUGUGUUGGAACACAAAUGUGACUUCAGUGAGGAACCUUCCCACCAUCAUGUCCUGGGUAGAGACUCAGAGGCCAGGGGUGGACGGGAUCAACAUCAUCACCUCUGACUUUGUGGAACUCACUGACUUUGCCAACAUUGUCAUCAGACUCAACAACCUGCUGUUGUCAGAAACGGAAAACCGGGCAAGAUGACACAAAGAAGCCUGAAAGACUGACGUCUUAGCUGGACAGUGUGUUUGGGGUCGAACGCUUGAUUGCUAAAUACAUGGGAAUUAAUAACACAUGACUAGUUUCACUAGAAAGUAUAAUGUGUGAUCAACAGGCCUGAUGAAAGACAUGAAGAUUUAAAACAUUAUUUGGAGGGCAUCAUUACACAGUGUUCACAACUUAAUACUAUUACAGUAUUAAAGUGAAUUGAAGUAUAUUCACAAAUCCAGCUUGUUUACAUUUCACUUCAAUCACAGUAAUAAUUACUGUGACCACUCUCCUCAGGAACACCCUUGGAUUUUUAACUGCAGACGUUCUUCUACUAAAGUGGAAGUUGUGGCAUUUGUUGGGACUUGUGUUGCUAUUCAAAGCUGAAUUAUGCAUUAAAACAAGCCCACUGUGCCAACACUUCUGGCGUGACUGUGGCAGGAAAAGCCAAACACGUGCAGGACUUGCGCCACAAGUCUCAUAAAACCUGGCUCCACAUAUACAUUAAACACACCUAUAAAUGUGAAUGUUUACAGGAUUUCUGCAGAAAUCUAAAUGGUGCAUGAUCACUGGCUGCAGGCUUCAUAGAACAGAUUAUACAAACUGUACACGUUAUAGAGGAAGGGCAGUGGUGGAAGAGGCAGGCCGAAGUAUUGUAGUCAGAGAUGUUUGUGUGUCAGUGUGCGUUCCCUCUGGGUGCAGUGAUUACUAUGUGUGACAUGGACGUGGGUGUAGUGACAGUUAACCUGCAUUCCAGUGGUCAAACAAGGGGAAAAGAAGAAGAGAGAGGGAGAGAGACAGUGAUUUAACACAACGUAGAAACAUUUGAUAAGUACACAGGAAACUGUGGGUGAACAGAUUGUUUUUUUUAAUCUUGUGAUUUUUAUGUGAGGAGUGUAAGGAGCACUGGUCAUCUGAGAAAAAAAAACGGAUCCUCUUACUCUUCCUUUUACUUUAUAACUUGAAUUUUCAAGGGAAAAUAAGACAGUCUGAUAUUUCCAAUUUAAUAUAUUGUAUAUUCCAUAGACAGUCUUUUUUUUCCAACAUUACUAUUCCCUUCUGGGCAGCACAAUUACAAAUGUAAACGUUGCAGUAUAGUCUCUAUAGCAACUAACUAAACAGGUCUUGACCUCAGCGUGCCCCAACCCCGAUGCCCCAGGCCCCUCCCCGUGACAUCCUCCGGUUACAGCAAACAGCAAAGACAGAAUGGCUUCUCACCAUAAAUCAGGAAAGGCUUUACUGGGUUUCGUCACAAAUUAAAUGUGGUUUGGUUUUCGGCCUUACACAAAUGAUGGUUAACUUCACUGCAGCAGUAAAACAAGAUUGAUUGAAAGUCUGGCCUAUAAAGAUAUUAUUGCAUGUCUGAAGUGCAGAAUGUGAAUAUUUACUAGACAGUGUUGACGUCACUUUACUACCAUUUUAAUUUGACACCAGGUUUUUGCCUUUUAAAUGCCUAAAGGUUUCCAGAUAAAACAAAUAUUAUUUUUUUAACCUUAUUAGAAAAUGUCUGCAACAUAAAAAAAAGUCACCUGACCAGAAAAAAAAAGUCACCUGUUGUUUUCUGUAGUAGAAGCUUGAUCAUGGUUUGCAUAGCAAACCAGUCCUGCAAAUUUGUUUUUGUUUCUGUGGGUGGCUGUACAAACAAAGCAGAGCAGGUUGGAUAGCUGACGUACAUAAAGAAGAGGACGGCUGACUAAAAUACUUGUAUGUGGAUUAUUCUAAACCUAUGAAAUGUAAUUUUUUGUAUGUAGACAUCCUUAUACACUAGUGUCGCCUCCUGAACCCUAGGGGUCUCUGUGACUUCUGAGUCUAUACUGGUGUAAUGAGCUGCAUCUUGGCACUGCCUACAAACUGGCUCCAGGUACUGGGCAGUUUCUCUUGGAGCUGAAUGUGCUGUCAGCCUGUUCACUGUUCUGUGGGUUCUGUUUGGCUGACUGCAGCUUUCCACAUUUCUGUUAAAUAAAUUGUCACUGUUAAAAGUAA